GAGGAAUUUGCAGGAAUACAGUGCCAAAUUGAAUCUUUAGUUCUUGAUGAUGAUCUGGAUGAGCAAAUCGCGGAACGUGAAGUCGUAGAAAACUAUUUUGAUCGCUAUUUGGGUUUGGCAAAAUCGACAAUAAACGACAAAUCAGAAGUAAAGUCUGGCAACAGCGCGAAUUCCGUCCCUUCCACUGCGAGCAGUGCGCGUGCCCGAGGAGAGGGGAUCGUUCAAAUCGACGUUCGUUUGCCGAAAAUCGAACUGCCGAAAUACAGCGGCGAUGCCAACUCUUGGGUUGAAUUCCGGGAAAUCUAUAAUUCACUUAUACAUGAAAAUGAAAGUAUAACUGAUAUUCAUUACUUGAAGGCUGCAUUGCAGGGAGAUGCCGUAAAUUCCAUUCAAUGCAUAGAUUUCACGGCAGCAAACUACAAAAACGCGUAUGAUGCUGUAAUAGAGCGAUAUGACAAUGUUAAAUUGCUAACUCAUAAUCACGUGCAGUCGAUUUUCAAUAUAACUCCGAUAGCUAGAGAAGCGGCCUGCGAUAUUAGGCGUAUCAUCGACACUGUAUCCAAACACUUGAAGUCCCUUGGACAGUUAGGUGAACAGGUAGAUUCAUGGGACACACUCAUAAUCUACAUCAUAUCUACGAAGUUAGAUAAGUCGUCCUUGAGGGAGUAGGAAAGGUCUGCGUCACGUUUGUCUGAUAAGUCCAAGUUACGGGAUAUGCAAGAGUUCCUGCAGGGCAGAGCAAAUGUACUGGAAACAAUAGAGUCCAAAGCUAAUAAUGAUAAAAUGGUUAGAGGUCGUCGGAAUGCGACCACGAGCAAAGGAUUAGCAUCGACUACAGCGCCCAAAUGUGUGAUUUGUAAUGAAAAUCAUUUUGUGCAGAAUUGCCCUUUGUUCAAUAAAUUAAGUGUGUCAGAGCGGUAUGACAAAUUAAGAGACAAAAGGGUGUGUAUGAACUGUCUCAGGUUAGGGCACUUCAGCAGACAGUGCAGGUCAAUUGGUUGCAAGCGUUGCAAAGCUAAAUAUAACACGUUGUUACAUUUCGAUAAAAGUAACACUCCCAAAGAAAGUCAGAAAUCGGAACAAGCGCCGGCACCGUCGCAUGAAGCAGUUGAGGAACCCACCAACGGCGGCGAUAUCGCGGCUGCGUGCUUGGGUUUGUACCAACAACGCUGCGUACCGUACAUUGUACCGUCACGCACGUGCGCAGUCCGCUUGAAGUGUUCCAACACAAACCUAUGACGGUUCAUGGGACGCUUGAUACACUGUUCCAACAGAUCUCCGACAGUUCAACGAACGGUUUUUGGACCGUCAAAACAGUACCUGGUCCGUAGCGAGGACUGUGAGUCCACACAUGCGCAUUGAAUAGAAAUUAGAAUGUUGAAAUUUGAAGGUUAUUAGGAUAAGGAAUGUUGUUUUGCCAUGGAGAAUCAAAAUAUCCCAGCUUAUGAACUAAACGAGUUUCUUGUUAUGCCAAAUACAAGUGCUCUGCAGAGCGAGAGUACCACGGCACGAGCACCAGAAUUUAGAUGGAGUCAUCAGGCAACCAAAAUUCUCAUUGAAGUUUAUGGAACCUUUAAAAGGAAGCUAGGUUCCUUCGACGUCAAAAAUUCAAAGAUGAUGUGGUGGAAAAUAUCACAGGCUUUACUAGACUAUAAUAUUAAGGUAACGCCAAACAAUUGCAUGAAUAGAUGGAGGGUACUGGAGCGGAACUAUAAAAAAUAUGUUGAUAACCAAAGGCAAACAGGUAGGGGAAGAACAUUUUUUGAGUAUAAGCAUGAAAUGGAGGAGGUAUUUCUCAAGAAAAAAAAUAUCCAUCCUGAAUUGCUGCUAGCAAGUGAUCAAAUAGAUACUCAAAUAGAUAUGAACAGUGAUAAUGCUAUCACUACAGCUGCACCAGAUGUCUCUUCACCAUCUAAAAGCGUAAGCAGCCCAAAAUCAUUGCAAGCAGUGACACCACAGAAGAAAAGUCAGAUAAUUCGAAAAAGACAAGGUAUUAUGGAAAAAAUAAGAAGUGACUGCAAAACGUAUUAUGAGGAAAAACUGCACAUAGAAAACUUAAAAUUAGAAGAAAUGAAAAAAAGGAACCAACUGAUUGAGGAACGAAACAACAUCCUCAAAGAAAAGCAGUGUAACUGUCACCAAACAAGCUCCUAGCUUUACUGUAUUUUGCCAUUAAAGUUAAGUCAUAGUUUAUUAGUUUUGUUGUGUUCAGUAUUGAAAUAUUAAUUUUAUAUUAUGUUAUGUUCAAAUUUGAUUUGUGUUCUAGUUUUAUAUUAUUGCAAAUGAGUACAUAAAGUUCAAACAAAUGGGUAUGCACUCUUUUUCCAGUACUCUUCAGGACCUUGUAGAGGAAGGUCUUAACCUUAAUUAGAUACUCAACAGUUUUGAAAAUAAUGGGUAUGCAGACAUUAACUCGUUCAUAACUUGAAUGCUUAACAUAACGUCAGAAACAAGUUAGUAGUGACCUAUGUGUCAAGUGAUCCCAGUAUUCUCAACAAAAUGGACACAGCCCAAAACUGUGUAAAUUAUUUAAAGUUGAGCAUUUCCGAGUUAUAAGCAAUUUAUGUCUGAACAUCUCUACAAAUAAGCAUUUUCUGUGUUGAAACUUAUGGUUUGCAUUGACAGGUGUCUAAAUCAAAGUUAAAACCUUCCCCUACCACAUACUGAAAAGUGUUAUGGAAUUAGUUUAUUUUAAAGUUACUUGUAAGCUUAUUUGGUAGGCUGAAAUAGGUGCAAGUGUCAUUUGAACAGGGUGUACUCUGCUUGUUUUUGAUUAGUUUUCAGUUGUGCAAUUCCUUUUGGAUAGACUGAUUUAUGUUUUGUUGCAGUAUCUCUAAUUAGCUUUCAAGUGUGUCAUUUAUGUUGUGAUGGUACAAAGAAUUUAUAAUUAAUUUGUCUACCUCAUCACUGGCUGGUGAAUCAAACACAUGAGUGGACUUAUUUAUGGACAUUUCAGCUGCCCUGGCAGCCUUUAUCAUAGUGCAAAAUAAGAAAAAAAAGACACGAAAUGUUGAAAGUUACAGUAACAUUAUGAAGGGUUUUCUAUUAAAUAGCUCUGAUUCUAAAUUCAUAUCAAUAUAGAUCGUCAGUGUAACUCUUAACUGUCUAUUCUUAUUGUGUACUUUUAAAAUGCUGCUGUCACAUAAAGUAGUAAAUAAGUUCAUUUAAUUCAUGUGGUUUAACCGACUGCCCAUGGAUGAAUAAAACUGACUGAUUUUUUAAAUGUUAAAUAUAUGGAAAUAUAUUUUUUUGAUUUUCAUACUU